AUGGUGAGGGAUGGGCCAUUUUCAGUGCGUCGGGUUGUGAUAGAAGCCCUGUGUGCUCUCCGCGAGUAUUGUAGCGAAUGCAACGUGGAACUGCUUCAGCGGACAGAUAUGUGGAAGAAGAUAUUCGUAGUCGUUCUCGGCGUCCUCACGCUCAAGCACUUCCGAGACAGGAGGCGCAGGAGGAGGGGCGUCGCCUACUAG